AUGGCUUCUGCAGCGGUGGAGGCAAGGAAAGGAUCCCCAGUUGUGGUGGGGCUGCUGGUGGUUGGCAACAUCAUUAUUCUGCUGUCAGGCCUGGCCCUGUUUGCUGAGACAGUGUGGGUGACGGCUGACCAGUAUCGUGUUUACCCUCUGAUGGGCGUCUCGGGUAAGGACGAUGUCUUCGCUGGCGCUUGGAUUGCCAUCUUCUGCGGUUUCUCCUUCUUCGUGGUGGCCAGCUUCGGCGUGGGUGCUGCACUCUCCCGCAGCAAGGCCAUGAUCCUCACGUACCUGGUGCUCAUGCUCAUCGUCUACAUCUUUGAGUGCGCCUCCUGCAUCACAUCUUACACCCAUCGAGACUACAUGGUAUCCAACCCAUCCCUAAUCACCAAGCAGAUGCUGACCUUCUAUAGUGCAGACACGGACCAGGGCCAGGAGCUGACCCGCCUCUGGGACCGCAUCAUGAUUGAGCAAGAGUGCUGCGGCACCUCCGGGCCCAUGGACUGGGUGAACUUUACAUCAGCCUUCCGGACAGCCACUCCAGAGGUGGUGUUCCCCUGGCCCCCACUGUGCUGCCAACGGACUGGCAACUUCAUCCCCCUUAAUGAGGAAGGCUGCCGCGUAGGCCACGUGGACUACCUGUUCACCAAGGGCUGCUUUGAGCACAUUGGCCAUGCCAUCAACAGCUACACUUGGGGCAUCUCAUGGUUUGGAUUCGCCAUCCUGAUGUGGACGCUCCCUGUGAUGCUGAUAGCCAUGUAUUUCUACACCACAAUAUGA